AUGGGGAUCCCAGGUCUCACGGCAGCACUCAGGCCGUUUGCUUCAUGGGAGAAGCUGGCUGAUAGCGUGGUUGUUGACGGCCCAGCUUUCGCAUACCACAUAUUCUUUGCUUGUCGUUUGGAGAGCAAGGCCUGUACCGCACUCGAGGACCCAUCGUAUUCUGUCCUUGGUUCAGCGGCGAUAUGGUGGCUCGACAACUUGCAGUCGCGUAGAAGUCAAGUAGCGGCAAUCUAUUUUGAUGGCUACCUACCAGCCUCCAAGAAAGAUGUGCGGCUCGGCCGGGUAGUCGAGCAGUCAACUGCAUUCAACAAGUACUUCCUGUCUACGAAAUCUGGCAUUGCGCGCGAUGGCGAUGUCAGGCCAUCACCUCGCCAAGCGUAUCCCCGUAUCCCCGUCCCGGCGUUCACAGUCCCGGCAAUUCUCGAGGCUCUAAGGACAUCAGAGCGAUACGGCCACCUCACCCAUCUCGUCUCCGGAGAGGCGGACACCUUCUGCGCGGACCACGUGACCCGUGAAGGCGGGGCCCUUCUCACCUCGGACUCGGACCUUCUUCUGUAUGAUCUCGGGCAACACGGAAGCGUUGUGUUCCUCAGUGAUAUCGAAAUCACAGCGGAACAGUCCGAAAAACCGCUAGUUUUGACAUACAGCCAACAUGCCAUAUGCGAAAGGUUGUCCCUCGAGCCGGGCCAGCAGGCCAUGUUAUCCCUCGCGUUUGAGAUGGAGAGGGACCCGUACCAAAAGAUUGCAUUUUGGGCAGCACAGUCAAAGAAGAAACAUUCUGCCAGCACAUAUCCAGCCGAAUACGCGGACUUUAUUUCCGAGUACGUCAAAGGUUCACAUACCAGACUGACAAUACCGGAGUCCUUGAGGUCCCUAGACCCGAGAGUGUCAGAGUUUCUACUGAGUUGGUCAGAAUUUUUGCCAACCUGGGGAGCUAAUGUGGGCGUUGGCAGCGCAGCCCCCCAAAACGUGCCAAAAACAGUAGGAUCGAUAUUCUAUCUCCCUCUGCUUCUCGACCGAUGGGAUCAUGAGAGUGCGUGGGGCCCGAGCACGUGGAUACGGCAGCUGGCGUACAGUUUCUGCCCAAGUACCUCAUUCGGCGAGCUGAUGGUUGCGGAAUAUCGACGAACGAUGUCUCGCCAGUCCAAUGGACAAGCUAUUGAGUUGUUACGGAAGCAUGAGAUGACAGAGACAGCUCACAGGCUGUUGAGCUCGUGCAAAGCGCCCACGAACACGGCGGCUGGCCCCUCAGCUCUGCGAUGGGUGAUGUUCUGCUUAAGGCAGGAAAUCGUGCAUGCCUCGGAGCAGGGCAAGGAGUCACUGGUCAAGGAACUCUUGCGAAGGGCGAGCAAGUCUAAAGGAAAGCUGGACCCGGGGAGUUGGACUACCGUCCACUCGACGGCACAGAUCCAGGGGACGCUCUACUCGCUGCGAAUACUGUACCAAAUCCUUCAGUGUCUGGGAGGGCCCUUGGUCACAACUUCUUGGCCGCAGCUACCAGUGGCCAAGCUGAUGGAAUGCCUUGCGACACUGCCGUCUAUCGAAGACUACCCCAGCAUCACAGAUGUUGCAGGCAUGUACGGGCGGCUGAAGGACGCCGGAGAGCUGAAAGACAUCACUGGCCUGCCAGACCCUGUCCCAUCAGGAGGAACUGGACGGGCAUCUGAUAGGAUGAAGAGACGGGCGAGCAAGCAGGAACAGCGAAAGGCCAGGCCACUGCCGUCUACGAACCCGUUCGACGCGUUGAGCCCAGGCUCUUAA